AUGCAAACAGCUACAGCGUGGAAGAACCUUGGUUCAACUUGGGAAGCUGCCAAUGAACGUAUUGUCAUGGUCCGACUGGCAUGCAAACCGAUCAACGUUUCCGUCAUCGCCGCUUAUGCACCUAUCAACUCAAAAAAUCAACAAAUGGCCAGCACAACAUCAGAUCCCUUCUAUGCCGACCUACAAACAACUUUGGAUAAAGUGCCAAAAAGUGGUAUGGUUCUCAUCAUCGGUGAUUUUAACGCACGAAUUGGUGUACAACAGCACCCCACUAGUCGAAUUGUAGUUGGUCCUUAUGCGGUGGAUACAAUAAAUGAAAAUGGCAAACAUGGAGAAAUACUAACCAACUCAAAAGAAAGAUUAGAUCGAUGGAAAGACUAUUUCAAUGGUCUUCUGAAUGUGCCAUCUAAUGUAGACCCGUUGACAAUCCAGCAAAUUAUUCCUUCUACAAUAGAUCCAAACGAACAACGACGACAAGACAAAGCACCGAGUCUCAAGGAAGUUCAAUGUGCAAUCAAGCAAAUGAAAAACGGCAAAGCGUCUGGAAACAAUGGAAUUUCACCAGACAUCAUUAAAGUUGGAGGUCUUCCUAUAGCCAAAUGA